GAGCUGGUUGCCCACGGAAUCAGCAACACUCUUGGGUCCAUGUUCUCGUGUUUCUGCAGUGCUGCAUCUCUGUCCAGAAGUAUGGUCCAGGAAAGCGUGGGUGGGAAGACACAGGUGGUCAGUUUAAUCUCCAGCGUCCUAGUUCUGGUCGUCUUGUUGACUUUGGGCCCUCUGUUUGAAGCUUUGCCCAAUAGCGUCCUGGCAGCGAUCAUCAUGGUGUCCCUGAAAGGGCUGUUCGAACAAUUUGGGGAAAUCCCCAAACUGUGGAGAGUGUCCAGUGUAGAUUGUACUGUGUGGCUGGUGACUUUCACAGCUACAGUACUCCUGGAUGUGGAUCUGGGCUUGUUGAUCGGUCUCAUCUACAACCUGGUUCCCGUUCUGAUGUUGACGCAGAAACCGUACUACAGUCUCCAAGGAAGAUUACCCAAUACAGAUAUCUUCGUGGAUAUUAAAUUGUACCAAGAAGCUGUGCCUGUCCCCGGGGUUCAGAUCUUCAAAUUUGAUGCCCCUGUCUACUUCGCCAACAUUGAAAGCUUCAAAUCGGCGCUGAUCAAAGAGACGGGAGUCUGCCCACACGAUCUCAAGCAAAAGAAAUCUUACAUGAAUUUCUGUCAGUCGGUGUCGCAACAUCACAGAGUAAGUAUAGGCACAUCUGACACCUGGCCGGAGAAGACAGGUGAAAAUAAUGACGAGACAAGAUCCCUAACAACACAGAGCCUAAGUGCAGAGGGCCAAACUUAUGCGAUAGUUAUCGACGCCACAUGCAUCCAGAAGUUGGACAGUGUUACCGCCAGAGCCCUGACUAAGAUAGUGUUGGAGUAUCGGGAGGUGGACGUAGAGGUUCUGCUAGGAGAAUGCACUGCACAUGUCGCUUCUGUACUGAAGAGCCCGGGGUUUCACAAUCAUAUACACCGACGUAACAUUUGCUCCACAAUUCUACAAGCUGUUCUCGUAGCACAGAAGGGAUACCAGAUGUCCAGGGAGGCUGUCAUUUCUACCUAUACAAUGGAACCCAAGGAGUUCCUAGAGCACAAACGGGAUGACUCCCCAGUUCUAGAAACGACCCCGGUGUCAGAGGAGAGUGCACAGAAAGAACAAUGA